CACAGUUUUAGUUUGUUCGGAUUCGGAAUCGUGGUCGGGCUGCUACUUCCUGUCGUUCCGAGAAUCACCAUAUAUACCGACUUGUGGUAUUUCUGUCUCAGGCUAACCUGGUUACCGUAUCAAAGGUACCAAAAUUCCUAACUUCCUUUUUAAAAGCACCAAAACUUGCGGACUUUUCUUGUAGACUCCACAUACUGCUGAAUUAUCCCAGUGCAAAUCAUCAGGCAACACCCAACUUCCUUGUCUUUUCAUCCCCUGAUCGUUCUGCGGUAUCUUUUUCGGUUUUCCACUCCAGAAAUCGAUAAAAUUUUGCAAACGGACCACUAGAUAUACACCACUACGACUGGAAUAAUAAACUUCGUUUCAUCAACCUUAACAACUUAUCCAGUUUGUCGCCGUACUACCGCUUGUUAGUUUGUAUUACUCAUAGAACUACUACUAGAAACAAGAUAACUGUACUUCCUAUUCAUACAACCAUAUUGCAUCUAGAUCUAUAUCAUCAACAUGACGUCAAUGGAAAACACAGAGACCAGCAUUAGAUCUCUCAACGAUAUCAACCUCGAAGAGAUGGCGCAGAAACAACAACAACAAAACAUAUACGUUACGCCACCAGUUCUAGAGAACCAGAAGACAGCGUCACAGCUAAGUUUAUCCAAGAAAAGCUCUAAACAUUCCAACCGUGACACUACGACACGCGGGAAAUACACGUUGAACGACUUUCAGAUACUAAGAACAUUGGGAACAGGGUCGUUUGGGAGAGUGCAUUUGACUAGAUCCAUCCAUAACGGAAGAUUCUACGCCAUGAAAACGUUGAAGAAGGAAAUAGUGGUGAAUAUGAAACAGGUGGAACACACAAACGACGAAAGAAGAAUGUUGAAAUUAGCCCAGCAUCCGUUUAUCAUCAGAAUGUGGGGCAGCUUCCAAGACUGUCACAACUUGUUCAUGAUCAUGGAUUACAUAGAAGGAGGAGAGUUGUUCUCGUUGUUGAGAAAGUCUCAACGGUUCCCGACUCCCGUAGCCAAAUUCUACGCUGCUGAAGUGUUCUUGGCCAUCGAAUAUUUGCACAAGUUGGAUAUCAUCUAUCGUGACUUGAAGCCAGAAAACAUCUUGUUGGACAAGAAUGGCCACAUCAAGUUGACAGACUUUGGUUUCGCUAAGGAGGUGACAGAUGUAACCUACACCUUGUGUGGAACUCCAGAUUAUAUUGCUCCAGAAGUAGUUGCUACUAAGCCAUACAAUAAGUCAGUGGACUGGUGGUCAUUCGGUAUUUUAAUAUUUGAAAUGUUGACCGGAUACACUCCAUUCUACGAUCCGACCCCUAUGAAGACUUACGAAAACAUCCUUAACGGUACCAUCACCUACCCUGACUACUUACCUCCAGAUAUCUUGGAUCUUUUACAGAAGUUGAUCGUCAAGGAUUUGACUCAACGUUUGGGUAACUUACAGGGAGGUUCUGAUGAUGUGAAAAACCAUCCAUGGUUCAAAGAAGUGAUUUGGGAAAGAUUAUUAUCAAGAGAUAUAGAAACACCGUACGAGCCUCCAAUCACUUCUGGUGUGGGAGACACAUCCCAGUUCGAUAGAUAUCCAGAGGAUAAAGAUCUCGACUAUGGAAUCAGCGGAGUAGAAGAUCCAUAUGGCCUGCUCUUCAAUGACUUUUAAACUACUUACCCUCAUGGAAAAUAUCCCUCAUGUUUUACGAAGCAUUCUCUGUACACUAGUUUUAAUCCUGCAAUCAUUUACUGUCAGAUAAGCAAGUCAAACCAAGGAACGAAACUUUCUAGCUAUCCAAUCUUUUUCUUCGUCUCUUAAGUUUGUAUUUUCACUAAUCUUCAUUUUCUUUUCCUCUUCCAAUGCAUUCAUCGGUGAGUGCAACUUCGCCCUAUUAUAUAGUCUAAUUCUCUUCCAUCCCAAGUCACUAUAUGUAUAUACUAUUUCUAUAUAUGACACUACAAGAUGGUUUCAAUGCAACAAAGG